AUGAAGCUGCAUCUGGCUUUCUGGCUGGUCUUCGGGCUUGCAACUGCUGAAGCGGUUGGCGCGUCCAACUGGUUCAGUAAAGCUGUUUACAAUAAGUGGCACGAAACUGAAUUAGAACGCUGGCUAUCCGAUCAUGACAUCCCAUACCCAUCACCUGCCGAUCGCAAGGAUCUGGAAACCCUCGUCAAGUCCAAUUGGGAAUCCAAAGUGCAGAAGCCUUUGGGACAUGCCGCAGAACAAUCUACUGACCACUGGCAUAAUGCUAAGGAAUGGCUCUUUGAUACCUGGUCCGACUCUCAGUUGAAGGCCUUCCUUGACCGCCAUGGCGUCCCUGCUCCCCAGCCCCGCAAACGUGAUGUUCUCCUGAAGACUGCUCGUGAGAACUACGAGAGUAUCGCGAGGAAGCUUGGAGAGGCCGUCUCUUACCCCGGUAACUGGGUCUAUGAGCAAUGGACUGAGUCUGACAUGAAGGAAUGGCUGGAUGAGCGUGGCUGGCCGGUUCCUCAGCCUAGCACCCGCGACAAGCUUAUCGCGUCAGUGCGUCGUAAUGCUCGUUUGGCUAGUCUGCAUGCGAAGAGCAUCGCUGCCUCCGCUUCCGCCUCUGCGGAGGCCGCGCAGGCUACCUUGAGUGAAGCUCUAUUCAACGCUUGGUCUGAUUCAGACUUGAAGAAGUUCCUCGAUGAACACGGCGUCAAGGUGCCGCAGGGAUCCCGCCGCAACGAACUCGUCGCUCUGGCAAGGAAGCAUCGCGCAUCUCUCGUCAGCCAGGCAUCCGUCGUUUCCGAAACGCUCUCUUCCACCGCGACCGAGUUUAUUGGUGCCGCCACCUCUAAGGCUGGCAACGAGUUUGCCCAGGCCACCGACAACGCACAACUCAAGGCUCAGGAAUCUUUUGAUGGCGUGAUCGAGAGCUGGUCUGACUCGCGCCUCAAGGCGUUCCUCGAUGCGCGGGGUGUUCCUGUGCCGCAGAGCAACAAGCGCGAUGAGCUCCUCGCCAAGGUCAGACUCCACAGCCACAAGGCGGCCACCGGCUGGAGUGCAUGGACCUUUGAUACCUGGGAUACCGAGCACCUGAAGAAAUAUCUGUCGUCGAUGAACGCCAAGGCGUCCCACCGCACUGACAUCACCCGGGACGAGCUGGUAAAGCACGCUCAGGACAGCUACGCUAAGGCCUCCAAGACCGGAGGGGCGAAUCUGGCAUCAGCUACGUCAUACAUGGCGCAAGCCACCGACACGGCCAAGGAUUCCAUCUUCGACACCUGGACCCAUUCGGACCUCAAGUCGUACCUUGACUCCUAUGGCAUCCCGGUUUACCAGGGCUCCAGCAUCAACGAACUCCGGGCCGCGGCGCGUCGCAACUCGCAGUACUUCCGGUACGGCACCUCGAGCCCCCAGGGAGCCAUCUAUGCGAAGUUCCAGGAGGUCAGCCAGUGGGUCCUGAACCAGCUCAAGAUCGGCGCGUCGAGCGGCCGAGCUCAGGGCCAGGAAGCCGCCGAGAAGGCGAAGGCCAAGGGGUCCGAGGCGGCGGAGAGCUUGCGGGUCGAAUUGUAAAUGAAUGAUAUUGGACUUGUUUCAUGCUCAGGUUUUCGGGGUGGGUUUGGGCGUUUUGUGGGUGAGAAACGAAACGACUUUAUGAUAUCACAUAAUAGCUGCGUCGCAGUUUGAUGACAUGGUCUAUGCUUUCCGAUCUUUAAUAUGGUAUGGAAGGGAAGGGUAGGAAAAGUUGCGAGGCUGGAUCUGGGUUUUAGCUUUGACGAAUCGAAUGUCUUAGUGGUUCUGAUAGGUCUCACGCCCGGUUACUGCUUAAGUUAAUUAAAUUGCGUUCACUACUCCGC